CCUCUGACCGAUUCCAUGCAGGUUUGUUUCUCCUUCCUUAUCUCAAUCUAUCGGAUAACCCGAUGGUUAUCCUUAUCCUUGAAGAUCUCUAUCUAGUUCUUGGGAGGUUAUUUGUAUCGAUAUAUUGGGGAAAUAGGGGGCGCCGAACAGAGGAGAAUGCGAGAAGAGAGAGAGAGCCGAGAGUGAGAAGAGAGUUCUCCUUGGUGGGGUUUUCUUCGUCCUUGUGUGGGUGUGCGAUUCUCGGUUGUGGGUUUUGUGAUUGAGGUUGUUUUGGGUGUCGAUUGAAUGCGAUUCUUGGGUUGUUCUUGGAACCAAUUCUAGGGUACCUUUUGUGGGUGUCGGACCAUUCAAAGCUGAGCCUUGCAAAUCCACCUUCUUCUUCUCCAUUGCCGAGCGUCGAAAGGGAGUUUGUUGUUCUUGUUUUUCAGCUUGCUGUUCGUUUAAUUUUACUUACUGUUUUGCUAUUUUCUCUGCCCUAACGAUCUGUUCUUAUGGCUGUUUGCAAGGUGUAUUAAUCUCUACAAAGUGGUAUCAGAGCCUUAGUGGCUUCGUGGGUGGAAGAAAUCGGCAACUUCUUGGCCGAUUUCAGAUCUAGAACAUUUUGCAAAAACGUAACCCAGAUUUGAAAACCCGGCUAGAUCUCCCUGCUCCAUUCAAAACUCAGCGCAUGAGACCUUACGUGGGUUUCUCGACGUUGAGGCGCACCUGUGGGUGCAGUGCGUGUCACUCAACGUCACUACUGGCAGCAACGGCGCGUGGUGACUGCAGCGGCGGCGAGCGGCGGCUUUAGCAACUGCAACUCCUAAACAGCGUGCUCUACCGAAGAGCACAUCAGCCCUGUGUGCUUGAUUCUUUCAGACUCCCUUUUCAUUUACGGACUAAUUUAUCAGUCCGCUCAGUGAGAACUUUCUUAACCCUAUUUAAAUUUCCAGCAACUAACAGGCCAUCGAGUAGGGGUGGCCAUUAGGUUGGGGGUUACCCUAUGGUGGUAACCAAUACAUGUUGCUAGAGCUAGGGUUAUUAUGUGAUUACUCGCCUUCAUUAGCUGUGAUUUAAUCCUCAGUGUGAUUGUUGUUUUGUUGAUUUCCUGUUUGUUUAAGUUGCUGUAAAAUUUGCACCCUAACAACUAGUCCUUUUUUGUGUCUUUAGAAUUUGUUUCGAUUGACAUCUAAAGGACCCAAAAACAGUCUACUCGAAUCUGUUUUUUUGUCUUGUUUUUGUGUUGCAUUCUUGUGUGCUUUGUGCAUAUCAUGGCUGCACAUCACUUUGAGUUAGGUGUUUUUAAUGGAAAAGGUAAUUUUGCAAUUUGGCAACAAAAAAUGAAAGGAAUAUUGGUUCAACAAAAGGUUUCAAAAGCAAUUGAUAACACUUUUGAUAAAGCCCUCACUAAAGAAGAAAAAAAGGAAAAUGAUGAGUUAGCAUAUACUUCUGUGAUCUUGCAUUUGUCUUACUCGGUUUUACGCAAAGUUGGUAAACAUGAUACAACUCAAGAACUUUGGCAAAGACUAGAGAAACUCUAUUUAACCCAGUCCACUCCUAACAAAUUCUUCCUACUUGAAAGUUUCUUUAGCUUUAAAAUUGACCCCUCGAAAGAUAUAGAUGAUAAUCUUGAUAUUUUCAAUAAACUUGUUCAAGAUAUCACUAAUUGUGGUGAAAAAAUUACUGAAGAAUAUAAAGCUAUUAUUCUUUUAAAUGCUAUUCCCGACAUAUAUAAGGAGGUCAAGAAUGCAAUUAAAUAUGGGAGAGAAACCCUUACUCCAGAUAUUGUAAUUGAAUCUCUUAAGUGUAAGGAAAGAGAAAUGAAAGCCGAAAGAAAUGAGAUAAGAGGUGGAGAGAUACAUCUUGUGAUGGGGAAGGCCUCAAAAUAGGGGUGGUGAGGGACAAAAUAAGAGUGGCAAGAAAAAGGGUAGAAGUAGGUCUAAAUCACAAGGGAAGGCAAAAGGUAAAAAAUGCUAUGGUUGUGGAAAACUAAGACGUUUUAUAAAAGACUACUAUGCGAAGAAAAACAAACAAAAAGAGAAAGAAACGAGUGAGGCCAAUGUUAUAUCUUCUCAAUGUGAUACUGGGGAGGUAUAUAUGUUGAUGAACCAAGAAUCAUCUGAAAUUAAUCUAUCUAUGAACUCCCAUAUGCAUGAGUGGAUCCUAGACUCCGGUGCAUCUUUUCAUGUCACAUCUCAUAAACACUGGUUUGAAAACUUGCAUGAGUCUGAUCAUGGGCAUGUCAUUACGUGCAAUAAUGUGGCUUAUAAAGUUGUUGGUGUUGGUGACAUAACUGUUAGAUUUGAAAAUGGCUUUGUGCAUACACUAAAUGGAGUUAGGUACAUUCCACAAAUGGGUAGAAAUCUAAUUUCUGUAAGGGAAUUAGAAAAGGUAGGUUUUACGGGUGGGGUUGGCGGUGGCAUGAUUAAAAUGUUUAAAGGCGCUCUUAGAGCCUUUAAGGCAGUUAGGAAAAAUGGCAUAUAUAUCACCUAUGUUGAAGUAAUUAGUGGCACUACUCCCACUAUUGCAUCAGUUGACACUGAUCACACACAAAAGUGGCAUAAUAGGUUAGCUCACGUAAGUGUUAAGGGACUUAAAUUUCUUAACAAUAAGGGUGUGUUUGGUAAGGAUCAGGUGUCAGAUUUUUCAUUUUGUGACCACUGCGUGCUUGGAAAACACCACAAGCUUUCUUUCUCAUCUAACAGUCAUAAGACGUCUAGAGUCUUAAGAGUAUAUUCAUAUGGACUUGUGGGGUCCUGGGAGCAAUCCCACUUUUGGAGGCAAUAAGUAUUUUUUGUCCAUUAUUGAUGACUUCUCUAGGCGAGUAUAGGUUUAUUUGUUAAAGGAAAAAUCUGAUACUUUUCAAAAAUUUAAAAAUUGGAAAAUUCAAUUUGAAAAUCAAACUGGCAAUAAAAUAAAAUUUUUGAGAACGGAUAAUGGUCUUGAGUUUUGUAAUGCUAAUUUUGACAAUAUGUGCAUUGAGAGUGGCAUCACUAAACAUAAAACAAUCCCUUAUACUCCACAACAGAAUGGAGUUGCUGAGAGGAUGAAUAGAACCUUACUUGACAAAGUUAGGUGUAUGAUGUUGAGUUCUGGUGUGCCUAAGUCAUUCUGGGGUGAGGCUAUUAUGACUGCUUGCUAUUUGACCAAUCUGACUCCUUCUGUUGUUUCGAAUGGUGAUACUCCUUAUGAACGUUGGUAUGGAAAAUGUGCGGACUAUUCUGUGUUGAGGACCUUUGGUUGUGCCGCUUUCUCCCAUCAAAGUGAGGGAAAGCUAGAUCCUAGAGCUAGGAAGUGUGUCUUCUUAGGUUAUCCUGAAGGUGUUAAGGGAUAUAGGUUAUGGGAUAAAAACCAAAAGCGUGUCAAAAUCAUUAUUAGUUGAGAUGUCACAUUUAAUGAAGUAGAUAUGCCAUGUCUUAAGGAUGAGUCGAUUUGGUGAGUGAGAAACAGCAAGAUAGUGAAGAGCCUGUGGUUGAGGUGGAGAGAGUGAGUACCCACAUUCUCGUUACCCCUAGUAGGGUGGAGAAUGAUACUCAAGAUCAGCUUAUUGCUGAGGAAGAGAGUAGUGAUGAGGCAAUUAAAAGUGAAAACUCUAAGUAAUGGGUCAAAGCAAUAAAAGAAGAAAUGAAUUCACUUUAUAAAAAUCAAACAUGGGAAUUAGUGCCUAAGCCAAAAGACAAAUCCUUAGUGGGUUGCAAAUGGAUUAUAAAGUGAAAGAGGGUACUAGUGAGAACGAACCAAUAAGAUUUAAAGCUAGGUUGGUAGCUAAGGGGUUCACAUAAAAAGAGGGGGUAGACUAUGAUGAAAUCUUUUCUCCCGUUGUUAAGUAUACCACUAUAAGAGUAAUGCUUGCCUUAGUUGCACAUUUUAAUUGGGAACUUGAACAACUAGACAUAAAAACUGCAUUCUUGCAUGGGGACCUUGAAGAAAAGAUUUAUAUGUGUCAACCUAGAGGUUUUGAAGAUAAAGAUAAACCUAAUCAUGUGUGUUACCUUAAGAAAUCCUUAUAUGGUUUGAAACAGUCCCCUAGGCAAUGGUACAAAUGCUUUGACUCUUAUGUGCAUUCCAUUGGGUUUAAGAGGAGUGAAUUUGAUCACUGCCUAUACUUUCAACAACAUAAUAAUAACUGUGUGUUCUUAUUGUUAUAUGUUGAUGACAUGCUUUUAAUUGGCCCAAAUUUGAAAGUGAUAAAUGAAAUAAAAAUAAUUCUAAACAAAGAAUUUGACAUGAAAGACCUAGGAAAUGCUAGAAAAAUCCUAGGAAUAGAAAUUGAGAGGAAUAGGUCAAAUUCAUGUUUAUUUCUACACCAAUCAUCUUAUGUUUUGAAAAUAUUGAAAAAAUUUGGUAUGCAAGAUUGUAAACUUGUUUCCUUACCUUUGGCUAGCCAUUUUAUAUUAUCUAAAGAACAGUCACCUACUAAUGAAGAAGAAAAAGAAUACAUGAGUAAAAUACCGUACUCUAAUGUCAUUGGAUCUAUAAUGUAUCUGAUGGUGUGUACUAGACCUGACUUAGCUCAUGCAAUUAGUACACUUGGCAGGUUUAUGUCUAACCCUGGUCCUAAACACUAGGAAGCUCUGAAAUGGUUGUUAAGAUAUCUGAAAGGUUCAUGUGACAUUGGCUUAGUGUAUAAACAUAAAACUGAAGGAGUGAAACUAAAAGGAUUUACAGAUUCUGACUAUGCCGGUGAUAGGGAUAAUAGAAAGUCCAUGUCGUCCUAUGUGUUUACUUUAUGUGAUGCUUGCAUUAGUUGGAAGUCACAACUUCAACACAUAAUUGCUCUUUCUACUACCAAAUCUGAAUAUAUAGCUGCCACUGAAGCAAUUAAAGAAGCAUUGUGGUUUAAGGGUUUACUCAAAGAACUAAGUGUUUUGAGUGAUGACAUGAUUUUAUAUUCAGAUAGUCAAUCUGCUAUUCAUUUGUGCAAAAAUCCUGUGUUUCACGAACGCACUAAACACAUAGAUGUCAGACUUCAUUUUAUUCAUGACAUUGUAUCUCAAGAUAUUGUUAAACUUGAGAAAAUAUUAUCUAAGUAUAAUCCUUCAGAUAUGGGAACUAAGGUUCUCACGUUGGCCAAUUUUAGAAGUUGUCUUGCACUUCUAAACAUUGGUAAAGGUAAGUGAAUUUUUUCAAUUUGUUUGGUACUUGUGUCAACUAAUAAAUUCGUUUGCUUGUGUGCAGGCCUUGUUAGGUAUCAAGGUGGAGAUUUGUUGAGGUGUGAUACCCAACAAGUCCAAGGCGAUGAUGUGUUUGGUUGGGCUCUGAUCGUGUUGUGGAAAUCUCUGAACGGUGGCACCGAUUGUGGCUGGUAUAGGCUAUUUUGGAGAAUUUCAAAACUUACAUAACACUGUGAGUUAUUUUGGCUAAGCUUGAGAUUAUAAUUAUUAAUUGUGAUUGAAUAUUUGAAUAAAUUAAAUUUUCUUGACUGGAUUGUUAAUUGUAAUUGAAUGUUUGAAUUACUUUGUCUAGGAUUUUGUUAAUUGUAAUUUAUUAAUUGUGUGAUAUACAGGUCUAUUAAAAUGCAAAAACGAAAUAUCUUUGAAUACUUCACUAAGAAAACUAGUGAUCAAUCAUCAACUAACCCAAAUGGUCCCUACAAUGCUCCGAGUUCAAGUUCUAUAUCACCAUCCAAAGCCAAAAGAUCCAAGCUUAUAGAUGAAUGUACUAUUGAACCAUUUGAAAGUAAGGCCUCAUAUUAUGAACGUGAUCCUGGAAAGCGAAUCCCAAUAUCCCAAUAUCCAUUAGAAAAACAAGAUGAGGUUCGGAGAGCAUAUAUCAAUAUGGGACCGUGUCAACCUAUUUAUGAGUAUCCUUAUGUAAAAUUUGGGGCUCGAAAUCGUCGAUUUCAAUCCACUUGGUUCACAAAACAUCCAUGGCUUGAGUUUUCUGUGGAGAAAGAAAGUGCAUUUUGUUUUCCGUGUUAUCUAUUUGAAGUAAUGCAUCACAACCAGAAGCAUUUACAGUCAAGGGGUCAAAAAAUUGGAAGAGAGUUAAUUGUAAAGAUUGCCCGUUCAAAAAACAUGAAGGAGAUGGUAAUUCACUACAUGACAUUGCUAUGGAAAAAUGGGAAAACUUGAGAAAUCCAAAUCAAUAUAUUGAGAGAAGGAUACAUCAACAGACUGAAAAAGAAAAGAAACAGAACCGUUUGCUUGUAAUGACUUCCAUAGAGAGUGUGAAGUGGUUAGCAUUGCAAGGUUGUGCAUUUAGAGGUCAUGAUGAGUCUACUGAGUCUACUAAUCGUGGGAAUUUUAUUGAAUUAAUCAAAUUGCACGGAAGAGCAAAUAAAGAAAUUGAUGAUGUUGUUCUAGAAAAUGCAGCUAAAAAUGCCAAGUACACAUCACCGGGUAUACAGAAAGAGAUAUUAAAAAUUAUUACUGAUUGUGUGCGACAUAAAAUUCGUGAAGAAAUUGGAGAUGCUAAAUUUUGCAUUCUUGUUGAUGAAGCAGUUGAUGAAUCACAUAAUGAACAAAUGGCUAUUAUUUUGAGAUAUGUUGAUAGUGAUGGAUUUGUUAGAGAACGAUUUUUUGAGGUUGUGAGUGUUAAAGAUACAAAUGCUUUGACUUUGAAAAAAGAGAUAUGUGUUGUAUUAAGGCAAUACAAUCUUUUGAUUACAAAUUUACGAGAUCAGGGGUAUGAUGGUGCUAGCAACAUGCGAGGGGAAUGGAACGGACUACAAGCAUUAUUUCUUAGAGAAUGUCCAUCUGCUUAUUAUGUUCAUUGCUUUGCUCAUCGACUACAGUUAGCUUUAGUUGCAGUAGCUAAGGAUGUACAUGAUGUGUGGCUAUUUUUUCAAUCAUUAAGUUCUAUUGUCAAUUUCGUUAGUGCUUCUGCUAAGCGCCAUUCUCAAUUAAAGUCAAUUCGAGAGAAUGAAAUUGAUAAUUUAAUAGCAGCAGGAGAAGUUCCAACUGGUACUGGGGCUAAUCAGGUUUGUACUUUGCAGCGUGCUGGAGCUACUCGUUGGAGUUCACAUUUUGCCUCUGUUAAAAGAUUUAUUGAGAUGUUUGGUUCUACUUGUACACUUCUUGAAAAUCUUAUUAAUGAGGGGUCGAAUAAUAGUAUACGUGGAGAGGCUAAAGGUGCUUUGAAAGUUAUGAAAACAUUUGAUUUUGCAUUUAUCUUAUUGUUGAUGCAUGAAGUGUUAGAAAAUCUGAUAUUUUGUGUCAAGCAUUGCAAAUGAAAGAUCAAGACAUUUUGAAUGCAAUGCAUUUUGUCUCAAGUACAAAGCUUCUUCUUCAAGAGAUGUGUGAUGAUCGGUGGGAAAGUUUUAUAUGGUAUGUGGUUGAAUUUUGUAGAAGUAAUGAUAUUGAUGUGCCCGAAUUAACUGAUCGUUAUAUGGAUGGUACAAGACGUUCUUGUCAACAGAAAAAUAAUAUUACAGUGGAAGACUACUAUCACUUUCAGAUAUUCAAUGCUGUAAUAGAUUUUCAGUUGAUGGAGUUGAAUAAUAGAUUUAUGGAGAAAACAAUAGAACUUCUUAAGCUAUGUGAGGCUUUAAAUCCUACAGAUGGUUUCAAAUCAUUCUCUAUAGAUGCUAUUUGUGGUCUAGCCGAGGAAUUUUAUCCUUUGGAUUUUAAUAAAGAAGAGAUACCAGAUUUGAAGAGUAAGUUGGAUCACUACAAGUUUGAUGUAAUUCGGAAUCCGCAAUUUCAUAAUCUUAAUUCUCUUCCUCAAUUAUGUCGGAUGUUGGUUGAAACGAAGAAAUCACAACAUUAUUUCUUGAUCAAUAGGUUAAUUCGUCUAGUGUUGACUCUUCUAGUUUCUACAGCAACAACAGAACGAGCUUUUUCAGGGAUGAAACUAAUCAAAACAUCACUUCGCAACAAAAUGGAGAAUGAAUUUCUAGCAAACACCAUGAUUAUCUACAUUGAAAGAGAGAUUGCUCUUGGUAUUGAUACAGAGAUACUCAUUGACAAAUUUGAUCUUUUAGGGAAUCGCAGGUUGCGGCUUAAGUAAUUUUACAAGGUAUUUAUAUUGCACAUUUUUUGUAUUUUUGUUGUUUUUUGCCUUCUCCUUUUAAGUUAAUGAAUUAUAUUCAAUAUGAUGUAAAACUCUC